GUGGGGGGGGGGGUUGGGUUCUACAAGAAAGCCCCCAAACCCGACCUACAACAGGCUUUUCAAGGGAUUUAUUAAGUGGUCUUCACUCCGCUUGCAUAUGCCACGGUCCCCAGCGUGGGUGCACCACACCGCGCUCAACGGUGGCGCGAUUCUGACUGAGUUAGCAUGCUAGCUAGCUAGCAAAAUUGAUUUCUACUCCACCCCCUCUCCAAAUGGCAGUAGCUACUAGUCAAUACCCCGUAGCUAGGGGUGAGCUGUAAAACCCAACUUCUCUAUUGGACUUUCCCGUUCAAUUCCUCCCCAUCAUCUCCAUCCACCCCGCAGGAAGAUUGUUGCCUUGGGAGGGCCAUACCAAGAAGAGUGUAUUCUGGUAGGAUCCCUGCUUCGGAUUCGGGAUUUAAGGCCCACAAGGGGGUUGGGGGUUUAAACCGCAAUAAUUUGAUCCCUAAACCCCCCAUGCCUGGCAUCUCGGCCAGUGUUUUGGUCAUUUUUAAUAAAAUGUUUAGCCUUUUGUUUUAUGUAAAUAGUGCCAGUUCCUGAUUUUGCCUUUCUACCUCAACACUCCAUUUUCAUCAUCUUCCCAGCCGUUUUAACACUGGCUGUAUCUGACGGUCCCUAGCCUCCCCUUAUCCAUCAUCAACCUCCGUGCGCAGCGCACUGUGGUAAUCUCGGGGGAAAUCGCGGGGGAAAAUAUCAGAUACCAGGAACCCCCUUACUCGGACAGCGCGAGACCCCAGGCUCCGACACGAGGACGGUGAUCUGUGUUCCCAUUCCAAGCAGCAAACGAGCUCUGUGUCAAUCGAGUCCUCAACACAGACCGCGCUCCGGUGCUCGCCAUGCCCGGCCCGGCGGCCGGCAGUAAAUCUCGGGUGUACGCGGAUGUCAACACUUUGAAGAGCAGGGAAUAUUGGGACUACGAAACCCACGUGCCUAGCUGGAGUAUCCAGGAAGACUACCAGUUGGUGCGGAAGCUUGGCAGAGGGAAGUACAGUGAGGUCUUUGAGGCCAUCAACAUCAACAACAAUGAGAAGGUGGUGGUCAAGAUCCUCAAGCCUGUCAAGAAGAAGAAAAUCAAGCGUGAAAUCAAGAUCCUGGAGAAUUUGCGAGGUGGAACCAACAUCAUCCGAUUGGUGGACACAGUGAAAGACCCUGUGUCCCGAACGCCUGCGCUUGUCUUUGAAUGCAUCAAUAACACAGAUUUUAAGGAGCUCUACCAGAAGUUAACAGAUUUUGAUAUACGUUUUUACAUGUAUGAACUACUAAAGGCUCUGGACUACUGCCACAGUAUGGGGAUAAUGCACCGUGAUGUCAAGCCCCACAAUGUGAUGAUUGACCACCAGAUGAGGAAGCUACGUCUAAUAGACUGGGGCCUUGCAGAGUUCUACCAUCCUGCACAGGAAUACAACGUCAGAGUAGCAUCUCGCUACUUUAAGGGACCUGAGUUACUGGUAGAUUACCAGAUGUAUGACUACAGUUUGGACAUGUGGAGUCUUGGCUGCAUGCUGGCCAGUAUGAUCUUUCAGAAAGAGCCCUUCUUCCAUGGCCAGGACAAUUAUGACCAGCUGGUCCGAAUUGCCAAAGUCCUGGGGACAGAUGAACUUUUUGGUUAUCUGCGCAAAUACCACAUUGAACUGGACCCACGCUUCAAGGACCUUCUUGGCCAACAGACACGGAAACGCUGGGAGCAAUUUAUCCAGACCGAGAACCAGCACCUGGUGAGCCCUGAGGCUCUUGACUUGCUGGAUAAGCUGCUGCGCUAUGACCAUCAGCAGAGACUGACGGCCACAGAGGCCAUGGAGCACCCCUACUUCUAUCCUGUGCUGAAGGAACAGUCUCUCUCUAAUGCGGAUGGCAAUAUGGUGUCCAGUGGAUCCACUACAGCUCGAUGAAAGUAGAAGAACAUUUGUUACCUCAACUUUUUACCCCUUUGUGGCAGAAACCUCUUCAAGUGUACAGUGAAAAUGGAUCAAAGCAACACCAGACCAGUAACACUCAAAGAUGUGCGUACUGGCGCACACACAUACAUGAACACACACACACACACACACACACACACACACACACCCUCCUUCUCUUUGUCAGUCUAUGGUUGGCUUGCCCCAGUUACAUGUCAAACAGCCAGACCAAUGAGCUUGAUGCCUGAUGUCUCACGGCUGCCCCUUCCCUGCUCUGCCCCCUCCUCUUAUCAUAAGGUAAACAGAAAAUGUUCAAAGACAAGAAAAAAAGGAUCCUUUCCUGUCAUUAUCCCCCCCUUUGGCCCCCCUCCCUCGUUUAACUAAGCAUGGAGAAUGAAAAGGAACGCGAGCCUGCCCUCCCUCCCCCUUGGACAGUCUGUCUGUCCAUCUAUCUGUUCAGUAUUCAGCAGGCCUGAGCUCAGCCUCCACACACUGUAGUACCGAAGUGGCAUGGUGGACCUUUUCUCUGCUCUAGGUAGAAUGAUGAUUAUAAUAAUAUUAAUAAAAAUAAAUGAUUUUUAUUUA